AUGGAGUCUUCUGAGGUUGUGGAUGGAGCUGAUGUUGUUAUUCCGCUGUCUUCGGUUAAACAAGUCAUGGACAGGUAUGCAAACACUCUCUAUGGGUAUUUCUUGGGUAAACGGAUAGCGUUUCCGGUGGUGGAUUAUUUUGCUAAGAACAACUGGGUUAAGUAUGGUCUGGCAAGUUUGAUGAUGAAUGCGAACGGUUUCUUUUCCUUUAAGUUCAAAACUAAGGAAGGGAUGGAUAAAAUGUUAGAGGAUGGGCCAUGGUUGAUAAGAAAUGUUUCGAUUAUCUUGAAGGAGUGGUCGGCCUCUAUCAAACUGGAGAAAGAGGAUAUUAAAGCUAUUUCGGUGUGGGUAAAGAUGCACGAUGUGCCGUUAACGGCAUAUACUGAGGAUGCUCUUAGUUUGGUUGCAUCUAAGAUAGGGGUGCCUAAGAUGAUGGAUUCGUAUACUGCCACGAUGUGUGCUGAGUCUUGGGGUAGAAGCAGUUAUGUUAAAGCGCUUAUUGAGGUUCAGGCGGGGGAUGAUUUAAAGAGUAGUGUCACUGUUGCAAUUCCAUCUUUAUAUGGUAAUGGUUAUUCAAAAGUGGAGAUAAAAAUUGAAUAUGAUUGGGAGCCUUUAAGGUGUUUUGCUUGUUGUGUGUUUGGUCUUGAACAUAGCUCGUGCCCAAAGAACCCUCAGGUUGUUUCGAAUGGGGAAUAUGGAAAGAAGAGUGAUGAUUUUCAGGUUGUAGGUGAUAAAAAUAAGAAAGCCAACAUUCAAGGCCUCCACAUGAAAAAUCAAAAACCUAAGUUAGUCUACAGACCAAUUAUCAAACCAAAACCAAAACAGUCCUUAAGGAGUUCGAACAAGGUUUCAACGUCUAACCCAUUUGAUGCUCUUAAGGAUGAUGAUGGUGAUCAGGGAGGUACCACUGUGGGUCGAGUGUUGAAGAAGGGUACGCAAGCUAGUGGCGAGCAUGAUUCGGAUGAGGAGGAGGUUGUUGAAGUCUAUAAUGAAACUAACGAAUUUAUGACUUCGGGUACACGUUCUUCAUCUUCUAGAGCGGGGGCGAGCACUAAAAAUCAAGUGCCAUCGUCCAUCGGUUUCAUGCUCUAG